CUAAAUCCCAAUCGCCAAUUGCCCGAGAUGGACUCUGAUAUCGAAAUGGAUCUGGAAUCGGACAACGAUGGGGAGUACGACGACGACUACGAUUACUACAACACAGGCGAGGACUGCGAUGUGGAGCGCUUGGAUCCGAAACGGGCCGAUCCCGAGUACUUCGAGUUCGACUGCCUCACGGUGGAGGACAUCGAGAAACUGCUCAACGAGCGCGUGGAGAAGCUGAACACCAUCCUGCAGAUCACGCCCUCGCUGGCCAAGGUGCUGCUGCUGGAGCACCAGUGGAACAACGUGGCCGUUGUGGAGAAGUACCGCCAGGACGCCAACGCGCUGUUGGUGACGGCGCGCAUCAAGCCGCCUACGGUGGCCGUGGCGGAUACCGCCUCGACGAGUGCGGCUGCGGCGGCGGCCAGUGCCCAGCUGCUGCGACUGGGGAGCAGCGGAUACAAGACGACGGCCUCGACGGCGCCGCAGUAUCGCAGCCAGAUGUGCCCCGUUUGCGCCAGCUCCCAGCUGGGCGACAAGUUCUACAGCCUGGCCUGCGGCCACUCGUUCUGCAAGGACUGCUGGACCAUUUACUUCGAGACGCAGAUUUUCCAGGGCAUCUCCACGCAGAUCGGCUGCAUGGCCCAAAUGUGCAAUGUCCGGGUGCCCGAGGACCUGGUGCUGACGCUGGUCACGCGUCCCGUGAUGCGGGACAAGUACCAGCAGUUCGCGUUCAAGGACUACGUCAAGUCGCACCCGGAACUGCGCUUCUGUCCCGGGCCCAACUGCCAGAUAAUUGUGCAAUCAUCGGAGAUCUCCGCCAAACGUGCCAUCUGCAAGGCUUGCCACACGGGCUUCUGCUUCCGGUGCGGCAUGGACUACCACGCGCCCACCGACUGCCAGGUGAUCAAGAAGUGGCUGACCAAGUGCGCCGACGACAGCGAGACGGCCAACUACAUCAGCGCCCACACCAAAGACUGCCCCAAGUGUCACAUAUGCAUCGAGAAGAACGGCGGCUGCAAUCACAUGCAGUGCUUCAACUGCAAGCACGACUUUUGCUGGAUGUGCCUGGGCGACUGGAAGACGCACGGCUCCGAGUACUACGAGUGCUCGCGCUACAAGGACAACCCCAACAUUGCCAACGAGUCGGUGCACGUGCAGGCGCGUGAGGCGCUCAAGAAGUACCUGCACUACUACGAGCGCUGGGAGAACCACUCCAAGUCCCUGAAACUCGAGCAGCAGACGAUCGACCGGCUGCGCCAGCGGAUCAACUCCAAGGUGAUGAACGGCAGCGGCACCUGGAUCGACUGGCAGUAUCUCUUCAACGCGGCGGCACUGCUGGCCAAGUGUCGAUACACCCUGCAGUACACCUAUCCCUACGCCUACUACAUGGAGGCGGGUUCGCGUAAGAAUCUCUUCGAGUACCAGCAGGCACAACUGGAGGCCGAGAUCGAGAACCUGUCGUGGAAAAUUGAGCGCGCCGAGACAACGGACCUGGGCGAUCUGGAGAAUCAAAUGGACAUCGCCGAGAAGCGCCGCACCACCCUACUGAAAGACUUCUUCCCAGUGGAUGCAUAGGCAACUGACACGCUUCCAGGGCCAGCGGAACAGACUGCUUGUCCCGUUUAGCACAAAUAACCUUGAUUGACUGUUGACAGGCCGAAGGAACGCGACGUGACACGACAGUAUAGAGACGCUUAUUUAAAUUAAAUUAUACACAUAUUUACAUGUAUCCAUCUAGCAGUAGACCGAACGACGAGUAGCUAAUUUUUAAAUUAAACUAAUAAUCAAGUGCAUAUAGACUAGACUACGUAGCAUAGAGCAUAGUCGACUACUUGAAGUAUAAUUACUAUAGUUGUGACAUACGAAAUCACUCAAAAUGAUCGGUGUAACUGCAAUACAACGCCUUGCGCAGAACGUUAACGAUAGUAGCUAUAGCCCUAGCCAUAGCGUUAGCUAUACCAUAACUAUAACUAUAAAUCUAGCAAUUGACUAACCAGACGCAUUUCAGUGGCCAAGUGUUCCAACAGUUUUCCAAAAACUAGCCCAAACGACCCGACGAAAUGCAGAAACAAUUCUAAAUUUAUAGCGCUGCAAGUCAAGCAAUUAUAGAUUAAAGACCGCGUAUAGAGAUCGGUCCGUCGGCUAGACUCUAAGUUUUAAAUCUCGUAUGAACCCAGGGCUGAGCAGCAGCCGGGCUAACAGCAUCAAGUAUUCGUAAUUUGUAUCUCGUAACUAACCGCAGCACAUCAAUCGAACGCAAAAAGUCUUGAAUUAUAACGAAACUAGGUACUCCCCCGUCCCCCAAUCCCGUUCCUUUCGAUUCUCACUUGAUUCUCGAUUAACGUUGUAAGCUGAAUCAUAAAUUAUAUUCUAGGAUUACGCUAUGUAUGUAUGCUUAUGCGACUGAAUUUGAAUUAAAUUUACACUAGAUAUACAACUA